AUGGAGCAUUACUCAACAAUAACUUUUGUUGGACAAAUGAAUGUUGGGAAAACUGCUCUUAUAAGAAGAUUUAUGUAUGGAGAAACUAUAUCAAAUUAUGAGCCAACCAUAGAAGAUAUUUAUAACAAAACUUUAGAACAUGAAAAUAAUACUUUUCAUUUUAGACUUAUUGACACUUCUGGAGAUAGUCAAUUUAAUGUAUUAAAAGAAGUACAUUAUGCUGAAAGUGAUUAUAUUGUUUUUGUUUAUUCUGUUAAUAAUAAAAAUUCAUUCAUUCAAGGAAAAAGAGAUUUAAAACAAAUACUUUCUAUUCUUUUAAGUAGUGGAAGAGAGACAAUGCCUUCUAUAAUCCUUGUAGGAAAUAAAUGUGAUUUGAAAAAACAACGAAAAGUCUCUGCUUUAGAAGCUCAAAAUUUAGUUUCUUUGAUUAGCGGUAUUUGUCCUUGUGCUUUUUUUGAAACCUCAGCAUUAUAUAAUGUUCAAGUAAAUGACUUAUUUAACAUAUUUAUAACUGGUGUUCCUGAGACAAAGAAAAAUAUGUUAAAUCAACAAUUAAAUAAUGUAAAUCAUAAUGUUUCAUUAAUUCAAUUAAAUACUUUUUAA